AGGAGGAGAUGAGAGGAGAGAAAAAGCUCAAGGAACAGCUGCCAUGUGAACGUGUUGCCUAGAGGGGGUGUGUCUAUGCAAAUGCAUCCAGCCUUGUGUGUGUGUGUGAGUAUGAGUGUUUUUGUGUGUGCACACGAGGACUGAGGAAGUGACAGUCGGCGUCUGUGGAGUCACACUGGCCUCCUGUUUCCUCGCCUCCGCUGAGGCCUCUUCAUUUGGCUCGCGGCUAGUCGUACUCUUGGCGACUCCCAGCUUUGCCUCCAAAUGGAGAACGUGUCAGCACCUUCCGAAAUAAACAGCGACUCCGAGAUGGCAGAGUGCACUGUAGCCCCAGUAGCAAUGGAGGAUAGCGAUCACGAGGCCGACUCGCCGUCUGACGAGCAGGAUUCCACCCCAACGUCCCCCGAGCCAAAGGAGCGUGAGGCCGAACAGAGCUCCAGCCACUCCAAGGAGGACUCAGAGGACUCUGAGCUGGAGAACAUCUUGGGUCAGCACCACCACCAUGACCACCCCGACCAGCACGAGCAGCAUGACCCCCAGCACCAUCACGACCCGCAGCAGCAGCAGCAGCAGCAGCAGCCCGGCCCUAAAGAGGGCAACCCUUUCUGGUUUGCUGGCCACGGGCGCCACUCCUCGGCCGGGGACAGUGAGAGCGAGGGCCUUGACAGCCCCCGCACUCCGGGGACGCCCACGUACUUGCGGCCAUCCGCUGCGGGUGGCCGGGGUCCUUUUGACGCCCUCUCAGAGCAAAGGUCCCCGCGGGGCACCGUGGACUUUAGCCUGCCGUCGCCCAUCAGCCCCUCACGGCCCAAGAGCCCGUGGGGACGCUACGACCCCUAUGAUUCGACAGAGGAUCAGGAUAAGGAGUAUGUGGGCUUCGCCACCCUGCCCAACCAGGUGCAUCGCAAAUCUGUGAAAAAGGGCUUUGACUUCACUCUCAUGGUGGCAGGUGAGUCUGGUCUUGGGAAGUCUACCCUUGUCAACAGCCUCUUCCUGACAGACCUGUAUAAAGAUAGGAAACUACUCAACGCUGAAGAGAGGAUUACCCAGACUGUGGAGAUCACCAAACACACAGUGGAUAUUGAGGAGAAAGGCGUCAAGCUGAAACUCACCAUUGUUGACACGCCAGGCUUCGGAGAUGCCGUCAAUAACACUGAAUGGAAGUCCGUGGCCGACUACAUAGACCAGCAGUUUGAGCAGUACUUCCGGGACGAGAGCGGCCUGAACCGCAAGAACAUCCAGGACAACCGCGUGCACUGCUGCCUCUACUUCAUCUCCCCCUUCGGCCACGGUCUUAGGCCUUUGGACGUGGAGUUCAUGAAGGCCCUUCAUGAGAAGGUCAACAUUGUCCCUGUUCUGGCCAAAGCAGACACUCUCACUCCCAGUGAGGUCAAGAAAAAGAAAAUCAAGAUUCGAGAGGAGAUAGAGCAGUAUGGCAUUAAAAUCUAUCAAUUUCCAGACUGUGACUCUGAUGAGGAUGAAGACUUCAAACAGCAGGACCAGGAGCUAAAGGACAGCAUUCCCUUUGCCGUGAUCGGCAGCAACACAGUGGUGGAGGCCAAAGGCAGGCGAGUGAGAGGACGCCUCUACCCCUGGGGCAUCGUAGAAGUGGAGAACUCGGCGCACUGUGACUUUGUGAAGCUGCGGAACAUGCUGGUGCGUACACACAUGCAGGACCUAAAGGACGUGACCCGGGAGACCCACUACGAGAACUACCGCGCCCACUGCAUCCAGAGCAUGACCCGCAUGGUGGUCAAGGAGCGCAACCGCAAUAAGCUCACCAGGGAGAGCGGCACCGACUUCCCCAUACCCAUGGUGCCUGGCGUGGCGGACAGCGAGACGGAAAAGCUGAUCCGCGAGAAAGACGAAGAGUUACGACGAAUGCAGGAGAUGCUGCAGAAGAUUCAGGAACAAAUGCACACACAGAAAGAAGCAUAUUAACCACGGCAUUCCCUGAAACCCCUCCACGCACAUCGCUCCCAGCCAAGCAGUAGUCUAAAAAGUAUCCCGUCACCCCAGAGACAUUGAGCCUCCUCCUCCUCCUCUUCCCAAGCCUCCUCUGCAAUGUCUCACUAACAUAACCCACCUGGAUGAGCCUGAAGACUGAAGAACAGUACGUACAUAGACAUCAUUGUUGUUCCUGUUGAGUCUCUGUCUCACACUCUUGUCCAGCAUCAACUUCUUUGCUCCAUUUGUGAUUUGUGGAGACAUCUGAUUGUCAGACUCACGCAUGAAGUAGCCUUAAUCAGUCCAAACCACAUUCAUGGUAACAGACCUGUGGAUGCUGUCCUGUACAUGCAAAUGUAGACAAAACAUGGCUGAAGCCAUGAUGACCACUAUAGAUAUAGGCAGGGGUCAAAUUAUGAUACAGUAUAUAUUUGGUAGGUUCUGUAGAUUAAGAUAUACCAUUUGUGAGACAUCCUGCAUAAUAGAAGUGUACAACAUUUACAAUACUUGACUAUAGCAAUGUGUGUGUGCAGCUCAGUAGCAGUCUCUGUGAGGUUAUGAGUGAGAGAAAUUGCUAAAGGUUGGCCUUCCUAUCACCCAAUUCACUAGCUUGCCAUUUUGGUGUAUGCACAAUGUAAUUCCCAAGAGUAUUUUGUAAUAGCUUGUUCUAUAGAAUGAAAACAGCAUAAUUAUUUAAUUAUUUUCUACAAUGUUAUUUGUUUGUUAACAUUUCUUUUUUAAAAUAAUAAUAAUGCCAUUGGAUCUUCUGUGUGUGCACACUUUUGUUUAUAUUGCAUCAUGAAAUAAGAGGAGAAAUGCUUUUUUUUUGCUAAAUAGUUUUAUUUUCUUAUCAACACAAAUGAAGUACUGUAGAACAAUAGUAGGCUAUUUUUCAUGGUAACUAGUAUAACUCGUAUUCAUAAAAGUUGUCCUGUCUUUACUAAGAUGUUAAAUGCCUUGAAUUUUUUGUUUGGCCCCACGAUUGUUACAUGCAUCAAGGGGCAGGCUAUUUUAAGCUGAUUUUGAAUGCAGGCUGUUGAAGCUCGUGGUUAAGAGAUGUCAUGGGUAAACUUUGUUCUAUGGUCAUUUAUAAGCAAUGGUAUUGAGUCAUAAUGUGCUCAAGUUUUUUUGUAAAUACUUUCAUAAUAACUGCCCUCAGGUCUACUGAAGAAAGGGCCAUUGUGCUAUAUGAUUUAACGCUAGCCACAGGCUACAGUUUUUUUCUCUCUCAGUUUUCACUUUCUCUCAGAAAAGGUGUUUGUUUUAUUUUAUCAUUUUUUUAUGACCAUUACCAUAUGGAGAAAUUGAAAAUCCAAUUUAAAAACAAAUCACAAAUGUUUUUGAUGAUAUACAUAUACAUGUACAUAUAUAGGUCUUCUGUUCCCCCUGAAAAUGACCAGUUGACAGGACCAUGUUUUUUACUCUCAGGCCCAGUAGUUAAGUGGUCAUUGAAACCUCAAUCCAGUAUAUUUUAGUCCAACUUUUUGGAGAUGAAUAGGCAUUGUGUUAUUUUUACUGAGGGUUAAUGAUGUGACCAGAGUAAGCUAUUAGAGUAAUCUGAAGAAUCUUCUUUGGGAUCGUCCUCCUUGUUUUAUUAGGAUCUUUUUCAACAUUUGUUUCUCUCACAAAAAUAGCUGUUUUAUGGUUUCCCCUGCAUGACAACUGACAAUGUUGUCAGUAGGUUCUGUUGUUUAAGAUGUUUUGUAAAGAAAAUACAUAUUUGAGUCUAUAUUUAGUAUCAGUAUCAUAUUUACUAUUACUACAUUUUCCAUAAACUUGAACCCUAACCACUGAAGUUAUCCCCAACAGAGUAGCAGAAAAAGAAAACACUUACUGUAUGUUCAGAAUGUAUCACUUGAAGAUUCACAUCAAGGUCAUGUGUGACCUUCAACCUAUUAUAUCACUCUAGGUUUUCAGCAUUGUUUCCUGUUGCAGUCUGAGCAUGCUUUCCAUUUUUUUUUUUUUUUGUUAUUAAGAGGGAACAAUUUUGAUAAACCUUUAUGCGUCUUUUGCAU